CAAACCACUGCGGCCUCCCGGACGGCAGAGGUCGCUGGCGGUGGCUGUGCUCCGGGCUGAAGGAGGCCGCGGCGCUGCUUUCUCUUUCUCGGCGGCAACUGCAGGAGCCUGGAAGGACAGGAACCUGAGAAGCGCAGGCCCCAGCAGAAGGUAAUAAAUCAUCUUUAAUCAAGAUGUCUUCAGCACCUGAGCCCCCAACCUUUAAAAAUGAACCACUCAAAGAGAAAGACUCUCGAAUCCCAGGACUCAGGGGGACCCGCACAACCACCUUAUUUCGAGCCGUGAAUCCAGAGCUUUUCAUUAAACCUAACAAACCUGUUAUGGUUUUUGGAAUGAUAACACUUACACUUUGCGUGGCUUACAUUGGUUACCUACAUGCAACUCAAGAAAAUAAAAAGGACCUUUAUGAAGUUAUUGACAGUGGGGGAGCCAGAUAUAUGAGAAGAAAAACAUCUAAAUGGGAUUAAUAGUGCUGAUUACUACAGAUAGAGCUAUAGUAAGGACUCAGAUCUUCAGAUGAAAGACUAUAUGUACCAGGUAUCAUGUUUAUUAUCCUGCAUUUUAUGUUCAUGUGGAAAGAACAUAACAGUUUGGCAUUCAGGUUUCUUCAUUAAAUUCUGUCUUUCAUAGCUGCAGUCCCCUUUCCUUUACAUAUGCAAAAAAAAAAGUUCAAUAUUUUCUUCCUAGCAAGACUCUUGCAAACUUUUAUAAGAAUGCCAGUCAUCUCCAUUGAACUGUGUAAUAAAAAUAAAGGAAAAAUGGUUACCUUUGGUUGGUAUUCUCAAUAAAUCAAAAAGAGACUGUAACAAAAGCUGUUUGGCUCUUUUUGCUCUGUGCAAAAUAAUUCAUUUUUAUUUAGCAAGAAGUAUUAGUUAAAGAAUUGGGAAACAUAUAUGUAGGUGAAAUUGAAGAAUUGAAAAACCAAAUCUCAAACCUUUUUUAAAACUUACAAAUCUGUUCAGGUAGGUGUGGAUUCUUUUCCUACCCUUCAUUUCAACUAUGGGUGUGUUACAAUCAGGUUUUUAAGAUGUUGCAACAAGUAAAAGUGAGCCCAGAGAUGGUCCCUUGUAGCAAAACUAGGAGAGAGGACUCACCAAGUUUCUAAGCAAAAUACAUUAGAUAGCCAAUUGGCAUAUUGCAUAGAGCUCUGGAAGACACAAGUUUAAAUCCAACUUCAGACACUUCCUAGCUAUGUGACCCUCAGCAAGUCACUUAGCCAAUAUCUUCCUCAGUUUCCUCAUCCAUAGAAUGGGGAUAAUAAAAGCAUGUAUCUCCCAGGGUUGUUGUGGGAAUAAAAUGAGAUGUUGUUUGUAAAGCCCUUUGUUAAACCUUAAAGUGCCAUAUAAAUGCUAUCUAUUAUAUAUUAUGUCAUUUCAAUUUCACUUGCAGCAGUGAAAGUCAGAUUUCACCAGUGUGGAACUCUUGCUGCUGAAAGUUACCUUUCAAAAUAGAUGCCCUCUUCACUUGAUGCCCCUCCCUUUUUUUGGUUGAAAAUAUACUAGGGAAAGAUUAUUGCUGAAAGUUACUUGAAUGAGUCCCUAAGGAUUUAGGAAGUAAAUGAAAGUACCUAGUGUAAAAAUGGAGAGUUGAAUCCAGGACUUCAAUCCCCAGAAGUCCUUGCUCCACUUCCCCAGAAUGCCUUGUAACCUCACCUGGGCCAAGAGCAAGAUGGGGUAUUUAAUCUGGUUGUAAAAAGGCUCUUCCCUCUUUCCUACGACUGCUUGGGAGCAGAUGUGGCUCUCCACCUAGCAGGCAAGAUGUGAGUGGUUGUGAAUAGGCUCUUUGGGCCUAGACACAUGCCUCUCUUACUUGAAUUUUCUUUAUAUUUUAAUCUUCAAUAAACCUCUAAAAAUAUAAUACUCCUUGCAGAGAAAAACUAAUUUCUACCUGCCUCAGUUUCCCAAAAUUUUAAUCAUUAUGGCGACCACUAGAUUGGAUGAGAACUUCUCAAAUUUUUUAGCCUAGAAUUUUUUUUUUUAAACCCUUACCUUCCAUCUUGGAGUCAAUACUGUGUAUUGGCUACAAGGCAGAAGAGUGGUAAGGGCUAGGCAAUGGGGGUCAAGUGACUUUCCCAGGGUCACACAGCUAGGAAGUGUCUGAGACCAGAUUUGAACCUAGGACCUCCCAUCUCUAGGCCUGGCUCUCAAUCCACUGAGUUAAGCCACGUUUCUCCAAGAAGCUUUGUUUUAGAAAACCAUCUUGAUCAGCUCCUGCCUGUAGCCACCCGCUCCAGACCGGUUUGCUGUUUGACCCAGAUUGCAGCUCACCUGCCCACCCUGGCUGCCCAAUCCGACUCCCGGCCUUGCUUGUCUGAGUUCCUGUCCCGGCCCUGCCCACCCCGGUGUUCUCUCCAUUCUCACCUGGUGCCCACUCUCCCAGCCCUGCCUGCCUGUGUUCCUGCCUGCAGCCAUCUGCUGGCCGCUGCCUGCCUGUUUCUGCGCCCCAGACCCAUGCACCUGACCCCAGCCAGCUCAUCACCCAGGCUGCUGGUAGCAGACCCAGUUUCUUCAGGAUCAAAAACCAGCUGGUAACAAAUGGGGUAAUUUUCCCUUAGGCUAAGCCUCCAUGUGGACGGGGGUAUUGACCACGUGGGCAGAUCAUAGGAGGGGAGAGAGAAAAGGGAGAGGAGAAGAAAGAGACUUACGAACAGGAACUUAAAAGUAUGGCUAUUUUACAAGAAUAUCUUUUAAUUGCAUUGAUCCUCUUAUUGACUUCACCUGUGUAUCAGGGAGGAUAUUCAGCUCUGUACAACCUUUUAGCUAACUUUGGGGAGGCGGCUGGGUGUCUCAGUGGACUGAGAGCCAGGCCCAGAGAUCGGGAGGUCUGUGGUUGAAAUCUGGCCUGACACACCGUGUGGCCCUGAGUAGAUUGCUUGGACCUCAUUGCUUACCCCUUAUCAAUUUGCCUUCUGACAAUAGAUAUCUAAAUGGAUAACAACCCAAGGAACUUUAAAAAGACUGGAGGUUAUAUAUUUUAAGACUCCAGUGGUUUAUAAAAAGUCUCUGUAUUCUAUUGCAUUUUACUGUUUGCUUUGUUUAACGUUUAACUUUGUGAUUUUAAAUUCAUAUAUUACUGCAUUCAAUAUUAUUCUGUUACACUGAAUCAUUUUAAUGUACUGAGUUUAACUGUUAUAUUCUGUUGCUUUCCCCCAUAACUAUAUUGAACAAAUAUCAUUGUAAUUAAGCCCAUAUAGGAAAAAAACAGCCUAUUUUGACUUUGUAAAUUGUCACAUAGAGGAUAGAUGGACUUCAUCAGAACUGGUUACAAUUGCUAUAACAACCUUUGGAAAAUUUAAUGUGCUAAAUAUCUCAACUGAUUUUAAGGGUUUUUUUAAUAUGAUUUUUGGAAUUUUUUUUAACAAUCUCUGAUCAUUUUUGCCUGCCCCUAACAAGAGGUGUAAGGCCUAUUCUAGUAGCUGAAGUAAAAUACAUUUUAUAAGCCCCAACCUUCCCGCAUUUCUAAAUGUGAAUGGAAGUUGGGGCAGUUAAUCUCAGGGCAUUUGUACCCCUAAAAAGCCUCCAAAAAAGCAGCACCUCUCAUUUAUACUCUUCAGCUCACUACUUUACUUCUGUCAGAAUGAUAUUUUUUUCAUGAUGUUCUAAACCCAAAAUGAGUUUUACUUGGUUUAAAAAUAUGUUUAUUCACCAAGGUUGAAAGAUUGCUACAUUUGUAAAAAUUGUGAUAAAUAUCCAUCAAUUCAUAGGCUUUUAAAUGCCAUACAGCAACUCGUGUAAAAAUGAUUGUGUGUUUGUUUGCUAUUGUAAUUAAUUGGGCUAUUGAGAAUUUUGGGGAUAUUGAUAACUACAUAUUUGUACUACUGUUCUUUAAAAAUGAAAAAUGUUACCUUGUUCAAUUCAUUUGCUCAUACUUACAGUGGAUCAUGGCCAGAUAUGAAGAAGAAAUGGAUCUCAUUUUUGGUGAGAAAGCCUUGUAUUCUAUAUUUUCUUAGCUGACACAGUGUGUCAAUGAUUAUAAGCUAUAUUUUUGAAUUUUUAAAGACUUUUAUCAUAUUUUUUCUUGCAUGUGCAAUAUACUUUUUCAGUUUUUUAAAUUUUUUUCUCUCCUUUUUUAUAUUUCAAGCACAUGUCACCAGCAUUACGAUUUUCUUUAACUUUUUGAUUUUUCAGUACUAUAAGUUUAAAAUACAUCUGUCAAUAUAUGCCCAAAAAGCUAGAGACUAUAAAAAUGAUGCCACUAAUUAUUUUUAAAAAUUACGGAACUUUGCUUAAUGAUUCUGUCUGAUUCCAGGACAAGAUAUAUACAAAAGUGCCAUUGCACAGUGCCAAAGAAGCACAAAGCUAACUGCAUAGUGCCAAUCGAGCACAAGGUCAAAGAGGCCAACCAAUCCUGGUGGGAUUGAUGUAAUUUUGAGCCUAGACAAAGAGGACUUGAACGUGUUUGGGGUUUGAGGUUGUGGCUUUUUAACGUGUUAAAGGCAGGUCUUCCUUGUUCCACAUUCUACCAAGUAUCUCCAACUUGGCUCCAACUUGGCUUUUAUAAUCUGGUCCCUUUUCUGUCUUUCAUAGUUUGGUACAUUUCUGUAGUCCUGGCUACUGACUGGGUAAAUGCAUCAUUGCUUAGAUCGUUUUGAUUGGGCCCUGAUUCAAGGACCUGUUAUAGAUUUAUUUUUCUUUUACUUAAAAUUUUUACACAUAAGACUUUGAUAGUCUAUAUUUUCAUCCAGUAUUUUCUUUUUUCUUUUUUUUGGAUUUUCUGAUGUCUUUUUAAUUUCUCUUACCAAUUGAUUCAUAUACCUCAUAUCUCAGCCAUGCAUCCCUAAGUAAUCCUGUAUUUUUCAAUCACCCUCUUAAUGGGGGAAUGUAAAAAAUGUCAUUAUUUUAAAUUGCAAAGUUUAAAUUCCUUUUAGAAGAAUUUUAGGUAAAGAAAGAUGCUACCUCUCUGAAUCCAGAAACUGAACUGUUGGAGAAGACACCAUGAAGAAGCCUCUAGAUCACAAGCUGCACAAAAAUGAACUUUGGGUGUAGUUGAUUGAACAUUUAUUUGUAUGUAUACUUUCAUGCCAAAGGGGACUGCCCCCUAACUGGCUUUUUGUCAAUGCAUCCAGCAGUUACUGGUUUUGUUCUUUUUUUUUCUCUUAUCCUCAAAUUAUUGUAAUCUUUAAAUUGAUUAUGUUUUUAUGAUCCUUUGGGGAAGUCCUUCUUCCCAGAGGAUCAAAUGGGAGGGAUGUAAAAAUGGAGACUUGAAUCCAGGACUUCAAUCCCCAGAAGCCCUUGCUCCACUUCCCCAGAAUGCCUUGUAACCUCACCUGGGCCGAGAGCGAGAUGAGGUAUUUAAUCUGGUUGUAAAAAGGCUCUGCCCUCUUUCCUACGUCUGGCUCUCCACCUAGCAGGCAAGAUGUGAGUGGUUGUGAAUAGGCUCUUUGGGUCUAGACACGUGCCUUUCUUACUUGUAUUUUCUUUAUAUUUUAAUCUUCAAUAAACCUCUAAAAAUAUAA